AUGUUCCGCAUGCGGCGUUAUCGACUGUUUCUGAUCGUGGCCCUGCUGGCAGUGGUCACGGUCUACCAUCUCACCCGGGUCCAUCGCUGGGAUGGUUCAGCCUUGGAGGGCCUGAUCGGAUACAAGCCUGAUACUGGCAAGACGACCGUUCCCAUUUCUGACCCAGCACACGCACCCGCACCCGCACCCGCACCCGCAUCAGACCCUGUUGCACCUGUCGCCCCGGAGGCAGAUGAAAAACCAAAACCAGCCACGAACUCGAGCCCUCCGGUUGCGCCGACGGUAGAAUCCCACGCGGCGGCUGUUCCUGACUCCUCUGAGCAUGUCACCACUCACUCCACCUCUGCUCCCUCUAAGUCGGUGUCCACGAUAACGGGCGACGAGCUUCUCGCAAAACAGCCCAAUUUCGAGGAGGAUUUCGGCGAACAUGGUCAAGGUCGGUACGAGGUAGUACCUCGACCGUCAGACCAACCAAGAGCAUACUGGAAACCACAGAAGGAGCACUUCCCGUUACCGGCAGAAAGCCUGAUAUCUUUGCCGACAGGGCAGCCAAAGGUUCUGCCCAAGAUUCAGCACAGCUUUAGCCGCGAGUCAUCGUCGAAGAAGGCCGAGCGGGUGCGGCGACAGGCGGCAGUUCGCCAAUCAUUCAAACACGCUUGGAAUGGCUACAAGAAUCUGUCGAUGCCUCACGACGAGCUUAAACCGCUCUCCCGGGGCGUUGGAGAUCCGUUCAAUGGCUGGGGAGCAACACUGGUAGAUUCUCUGGAUACUCUUUGGAUCAUGGGACUGCGCGACGAGUUUGAGGAAGCUGUCAAGGCCGUAGGGGAGAUCGACUUCAAGACCUCGCCUCGAAAGGAUAUCCCUCUGUUUGAAACGACAAUUCGCUACCUUGGAGGGUUGCUUGCUGCAUACGAUCUCAGCUCGGGAAAAUACCCUGUGCUGCUGGACAAGGCGGUCGAACUUGCCGACAUCCUCAUGGGCGCAUUCGACACUCCCAACCGGAUGCCCAUCACAUACUACAACUGGGCUCCGUCAUAUGCUUCCCAACCACAUAGAGCCGGAGCACAUACCGUGCUUGCCGAAUUGGGUUCACUUUCAGUGGAGUUUACUCGGCUGGCUCAGAUCACUCACGAGAACAAAUACUACGAUGCGAUUGCCCGCAUCACCAAUGCUCUCGAAGAGUGGCAAAGGAAGACGACACUGCCGGGUCUCUGGCCCUUAAAGGUCGAUGCAUCUGGGUGUCGUAAACCUGAAGUCGUCCGCAAUGCAGACGGUGUUGAUGAAUCUCCUCUGUCUGUGGCCGAGAGUGCGGGUGAAGAUGCGGAUGAUCAGGACACUCCUGCCCCAGCCGGAAACACUGGACCAGACUCAAAGCGGACGGUGAAACGGGAAGCACCACAGCCUCAUGCAGGGGUUGACGCCGCUCCGCCGAAAGAGGUCGUCGAUGACCUCGGAGGUAAAUUGGUGCCAGUAGACAACGAGAAGUGGGAGGGAGACUAUGCCACUGUCGACUGUGAACCGCAAGAAUUAAGCUUCGAGCCUCAUUCGACCAGUCACACAUAUGGAAUCGGCGCCAUGGCGGACUCGACCUAUGAGUAUUUGCCUAAGGAGUAUGCACUGCUGGGUGGCCUCCGUCCACAAUACAAGUCCAUGUAUCUGGAUUCAAUGACUGUGGUUCGAGAGCAAUUGCUGUACCGACCCAUGACGAAGGAGAACGAGGAUAUUCUUUUCGUGGCCAAGCAAAUUAUCUCGCCCAAAGCGACCAAAAAGUCGAAGAAGAAAGUGACCAAGUAUGAGGGCACACAUUUGGGUUGUUUUGCGGGAGGUAUGUUUGCGUUGGGCGCCAAAAUGUUUGGCCUUGAAGAAGAUAUGGACAUUGCUGCGAAGCUCACUGAUGGCUGUGUCUGGGCAUACGGCUCCACACCAAUAGGGAUUAUGCCGGAGGAAUUUGAACUGGUGCCAUGUGACAGCCGCACUGCUUGCAUCUGGAACGAGAGCAAAUGGCACGAGGCUCUGGACCCACGUCGUGAGGAAAGAUUCCGAGCGGUGGAAGCCUAUAACAGGGAGCAACAAUUGUUACACGAACAGACAGUCGCUCAUGGCGCGGAUCAAGCCGACGAGGCUGAGUCUAGUGGAGCAGAGUCGGAGCCUUUUAUACCGCGGGUACCACUGUCGCAUGAAAAGUACGUGGCUGCGAGAAUCCUCGAAGAAAGACUGCCACCAGGGUAUACCUCAAUCAAGGCCAGAGAUUACCGUCUCCGACCCGAGGCGAUUGAGUCGGUCUUUAUCAUGUAUCGCCUGACUGGGGACGAGAGCUGGAGGGACAAAGGCUGGACCAUGUUUGAUGCGGUGGAUAAAGCGACCAAGACCGAAAUUGCCAAUGCCGCGGUGAAGGAUGUGACCAGCCAGCUGAUGGAGCAGGAUGAUACUAUGGAAUCUUUCUGGCUGGCCGAGACGUUGAAAUAUUAUUAUCUGCUAUUCAGCGAACCGGAUUUGAUUAGUCUGGACGACUAUGUUUUGAACACUGAGGCACACCCAUUCAAACGGCCGAGGUGA